CUAAGAUAUCAAACAGUUUAUAAUUAAAUAUUAGUUUAUAAUGCUGAUUUUUGGAUUAAUAAGAUAUAAAAUAAUAAGUAUUCGUAAGAUGAUUAUACCCGUAUGUGCGGGCAAAACACCUAGUAUAUAAUAAUUGAAGGCCUAAAUACAUUUUCUGACCUAAAUAUAUUACAUCCGGCCCUGGUGAAGACGAUUUUAAGAUUUUUCUUCCGUUCCUCUAUCUAUUAUAUUAGUCUGCGUCUGCUCUUGCUUGUUGCCUAUUCACCGGACAAAACCUAACUCUCGUAUUCUCUGAACGAUAAGAGAACCUUGGAGAUCUUUUUGAAGAUAUGGACGACAAGAUCAGUCAAUUACCUGAUGACUUGCUCUUGAAGGUACUAACGUUUCUUCCAACGAAAGUUGCCGUAAGCACAAGUAUUUUAUCUAAGCGAUGGGAGUUUCUUUGGAUGUGGUUGCCUAAACUUGAGUACGAUGAUAGCGAAUACUCGCCGGGAGAACGCUACAAAUUAUACUCCUUUAUUGAUUUGAGUCUGCCAUUACAUAAAGCUCCAGUCAUAGAAAGAUUACGUCUCAACUUUGACAUAUACGGCAGAUCAUACCGAGCCUACAGUAUCGAGAAGUUGGUUUUAAUUGCAGUGACUAGAUGCGUCCGUGAGUUAAGUGUCACACUUGUAUCUAUGCCUUAUAAAUUUACUAGAUUACCGAGUAAUUUGUUUACCUGUAAAUCGCUGGUGAUCUUGGAACUUACAGGCCCUAUUUUCGUGAAUGUUCCUCGUAUGGUUUAUCUCCCCUCCCUGAAAUUUUUGAUCCUUGGAUGUAUGGUCUACUCAAAUGAAAAAUCUCUUCACCAACUUCUUUCUCAUUGCCCUGUUCUUGAGGAUCUAGUUCUGGAACGUAAUGAUGAAGACAAUAAUAGUCCAUUUACAUUGAGUGUAAUUGUCCCGUCCCUGCAGAGACUAACCCUGCAGAGACUAACCCUAAAGAUAUCUAGAGGAUAUCAUUUUGAAGGGCUUGUGAUAAACACUCCUUCUUUGAUGUAUUUCAAAAUUCUGGAUUAUUUAGAAGAAUAUGCACGUGAUGAUAAUAGUAAUUACUCGUACUAUUUUGAAGAUACGCCUAAGUUGGAGGAGGCAGAUAUUGAAUCGACAUACCCUGAUAUCAACAAGUUUGUUAGAUCGAUCAGAUCUGUUAAGAGGCUUUCAUUAUGCAUUAGAGUCAAUGCUGAUGAGGAGGCUUUAUAUCAUGAGGGUAUUGUAUUUGACCAGCUUCAGCAUCUAAAGCUAUGUUCAUGUGGUCCAAAUUGGUCAAAAUUACUUGUCCGGUUACUCAAAGAUUCUCCUUUGUUACGAGACCUUGAGAUCUAUCUGAAUGAAGAUCAUACAUCUUCUAGAGUGGAUGCACCGGUUUCCUGGCAGAAUCAACUGGAUUGUGUGCCUACAUGUUUAUUGGCAAGUCUUGAAACUUUCAAGUGGACAGUGGUGUAUGGAUCACAAGAAGAGAUAGAUCUGGUGAAAUAUAUCUUGAGAAAUGCUCGGUGCUUAAAGGUUGCUAAAAUCUUGUUUGGGCCAUCGUUUUGUCAGCAAGAAGAGGAGAAACUUGAGAUGGCAAAACAAGAUUUGUCACUUUCUUUCAGAGGUUCAAAAACAUGCCAGAUCGUAUUUGUUUGACGUAUUUGAUAUGCAUUUUAUGUAGACAUAUAUCUAUAUUCCUAUUGCCAGAUAUUGUUUUUCCAACUUGGACAAAUAGUAUAUGAAUUUUGAAGAAACAUUAAAGUUCUCCUUCCCUUAUUCAUCUUAAAAACUGAUAAAUUUUGUUUAAGAUGAUAAACUCAUCUGUCCAUCUGAGCAUGCUUCUUAACACGGCUUUUGAACUGCCUAGAUCUGCUCUUGUGCCUUGAGAUAACUUAUGUUCUCCCUUGCCCCUUGUCAUAUCUAAACCACGCUUGAACUGGAUUUCAAUCCUCUUGUUUGCUGAAAGCUCCCCUCCUCCGGGAAUAAUCUUUUGGUCUGCCGGGUUUAUCUGCAACUCUUGAAAUGCCAGCUGAAAUUCGGGAACCAUGUGACAACACAUAAGCUGCUCCCAGCUUGAAGCAUCGAAAAGAGUCUUCCAAGGGAAAAGAAUAGUGUGGACAGACGCAUCACAAGGAUGUCAAGCAUCGAGAAGGUUUUACUCAUUGAUAAUUACGUCCAUAAGAAAAUAACGCUUAAAGAGUUCUUGAGGCACAGAACAAGGUACGAAGAGGAAUCUGUUGGUGAUUUCGAUAAUCAACCUGCAUUGAAGUCUCCCUCGCCUUAAGCGAAGAAGAUGGCACCUAGAAAGGAGAAAAAAAAUGAACAGAUAUCAACAUUUAGAGUUCAAGAUUGUGAGAGAGACAACAAUAUCUUGUAACGUGGAGCAAAACUAAGUCAGAACUUUGCUGUUUGAAUACAAAGGGUUUCUCUGUCGGCAUGCUUUGAUGAUUCCGCAGAUGUGCGGUUUCGCCAGCAUCCAGCCUUAUAUAUUUUGAAAAGGUGGACUAAAGAUGCUGAGAGUGGUGCAUUGGCUGGUGAAGGAUCAAACAUUCUUCUUAUCGCAUGGAUCUCCCACAUUGAGCAUUGAUGAUAAGUUAGAAGCAAGACAGUUCUUCAAUUUUGUCAUCUCUGCUCACUGGGACACCGAGUUUCCAUACGUCAACACUGUUCCCAGAAACUCCACCAUCCACGAUUUCUAUGGCUUCCCUGAUCCCAUGUAUAAGACUCUCCCUCUUCCUCUUUCUUACAAAGAAAAAACCCUAACCUUUGUCUGAACCUGAUUCUAAUAUGGAUAAGGUUCUGUCCUAAACCGUACCCAUAUAGCUGAUCGUUGAAAAGAUUCAUCAAUUUUCAAUUUUGGGGUCAAUUACAUCAAAAGUUUCAAUCUUUUUGGUCAACUGGAUCAAAAGUCUCAAUUUUUACAUAAUGGGUCAGUUUUGAUUCUUGCAGCUGAAGUAUAAAGCACCAGGAGCUAAAUGAACUGGGGAAAAAGGUUAAAGAAUUGCUAAUGGGAGGAGGAGGAAUGAAGCGUGUUGAUGAAGAUACAGAGAGAGGACUUGAUUGUGGAGCUUGGCUGAAAUGUUGUGUAUAACUGACUAAUUUGGGUUAUGAGGCAUUAGUCACAGAAGCAUUUAUGUAACAUUUCACAUUUGAAACACAAAAUGUCGAUGAUGAAUCUGGUCAGAAAUCGAUUAAGUGUGAUUGGAAAUUUCUGUUCUUAAGUUUAAAACGGACAUUUAUAUUAUAGAUUUCUUAAUAUAUACUUCUUCCAUUUCAUAAUAUAUGGUUUUUCAAAAUAUAUGAUUGUUGAAAUUUCUACGCUAAUUUUAACUUUAUUAAAAAUUGUUCAACCAAUUUUAUUUUACAAUAUUUUUAUGAUUGUUGGAUUAUUUUUAAUAUAUACUAUGACUGAUGUUUCCUUUUAAAGUAUGUUUUUUAAUCUUUGUGUUUUUAGGCAUAAUCUUUUUUUAAAUAUUUGUACUUUUAGGCAUAACUUCUUCUUUUACAUCA